CCCUCACGUCUUCUAACCGUCUCUCUCUCGAUACAAGGAAGAAAAACAGGAAAAUCAUUUAAAAUCUCUAGGGUUUUUCUGUUGCAAUUUCUCAAAUCAAAUUCGAAAAUCUUCGAUAGUCGUUGAAUCUCAAAGCAGUCUCUAAAUCCAGCGUCUUUUGUGAGAUUGUACUGACAGCAGUCUCUAAAUCCAGCUCUUUUUUGAGAUUGUACUGAGUAAGAACUCUAAGAACUAAGAGAAAAAAUAAAAACUAGGGUUUUUUUGGCGUUGUGGGGAGUGAUUUUGAAUUUCUGAGAAAGGGGCAUGAGGUUGAACGGAGAAAUCUCGUAUUGGAAUGACGAGGAGAAGGAGAAGGAGCGGAUUCCGCCACAGCAGAAGCUCGUUGUCGGAUACGCUCUGACGUCGAAGAAGACAAAGAGCUUCUUGCAGCCGCAACUCGAAGGAUUGGCUAGGAAAAAGGGGAUAUUAUUUGUUGCAAUUGACCAACACAGGCCUCUUUCAGAUCAAGGUCCUUUUGACAUUGUUUUACAUAAGCUGUCAGGAAAAGAAUGGUGCCAAAUUCUUGAGGAUUACUGGCAAAAACAUCCGGAAGUUACAGUCCUUGACCCACCAGAUGCCAUAGAACACGUGCACAAUCGCCAGUCAAUGCUCCAGGAUGUGGCUGACCUAAACUUGUCUGAUUUUUAUGGAAAAGUUGGUGUUCCGAGACAACUAGUCAUCACAAAAGAUCCAUCAUCCAUCCCUGAUGCUGUUACUAAGGCUGGGUUAAAGCUACCGUUAGUUGCAAAGCCAUUGGUGGUGGAUGGAAGCGCAAAGUCACAUGAGCUAUACCUUGCUUACGAUCAAAUCUCCUUAUCAAAGCUGGAACCUCCCUUGGUUCUACAAGAGUUUGUGAAUCAUGGUGGUGUUCUCUUUAAGGUGUAUAUUGUUGGGGAAGCCAUAAAGGUAGUGCGGCGGUUUUCCCUACCGGAUGUCAAUAAACAUGAACUUUACAAUAAUGCUGGUGUAUUUCGGUUCCCAAGAGUUUCUUGUGCUGCAGCUUCUGCAGAUGAUGCAGAUCUCAAUCCCUGCGUUGCAGAGCUUCCUCCACGACCUUUGCUUGAAAGGCUUGCAAAAGAGCUCCGGCGUCGACUGGGUCUUCGACUGUUCAACAUGGAUAUAAUCCGAGAGUUUGGGACCAGAGACCGUUUUUAUGUUAUUGACAUCAAUUACUUCCCUGGAUAUGGGAAGAUGCCGGGAUACGAGCACAUCUUUACGGAUUUCCUCUUAGGCCUGGUGCAGGGCAAGUACAAAAAGCGUCCAGCAAACAACGGUUAAAUGAAGGUGCAGCAACGGGCACUCUUAGCAUGCAAUCAUAGAUAUUACGUCAAUCUUCUAAUCCCAAAGAAGGUAUUAUACAUGCCUCGAAUUUCAUGUACAAAGACUUCCGUACGAUCUUUGCUUUUGCAGCCAAGAUGAAAAGGGUCUCUCUGCAGCUGUAAUUACUGACUGAUGCACCAUGCUUUUUUCUUUCUUUUUUUCUAAUCUAAGCUUUCACCUUCUUCAGUGAUAUGAUGUCAGCAACAUGCGCAUUCUAAAGUACCAAGUCCAUCUUAUUUUCUCGCAGCCAUACAAAUCCCAUCGUAUUUUUCUCUCACCCACACAAAUCCCAUCGUAUGUUCUCUCAGCUUUGCUGCCUGCUCUAACACAUCUGAAUGCCCUAGUCCCAUUUCAUGUGCUGUUCCUGGGUCCCAUUGUCAACCACAAGAUCAGGAUACGGCCUCAGUUUUAGAUUUUUUCUUCCAUUGAUCGAUUCUGUUUAUUAGGGUGGAAUGGUGGAAAAGGAUUUAUGUGGCUGACCCCAAUUAAUUGGGUUGAGGCAUAGAUGAUGAUGAUUUAUUGAUUGAUUCUGUUUGUCUGGA